AGAAAAAAACCGAUAAGAAAAAAACAAUAAUAAAUUUGCAAAUAUUGAGAACAAGAGUCAAACUAAAAUUUCAACCGCGGAACAAGAGGUGGAGGAGGAGAGCGAGUCAGAUAAAGGGAACAAAGUCCGUUUGAUUUAGUUUAUAUGUAAGAAAGAGUUUUGGAUUGUAGGAUUUCUUCUAUGUGAACAAAAUUUUUAUUAAAAAAACUAAUGAAUAUGUAGUUGUUAGUUUCAAAAAUACUUAUAUCAAUUCAUUUAACCCUUGUUUAAGUUUACUUUGAUAAUGGUUCUGGAAACAAAAUCCGCUAAAGAAUCGCGCAUUGGAGGAGCGAAAUCCAGUUGCCGGGAUCAAAAAAAAAAAAACACUAAAAGGGAAAACGAAGAGGAUAGAAUUCCUUGCGUGAAAGCCGCGACAAGUCAACACGUGUUCCAUUGUACCUUUCGUACAAAUACUACCAGUUAGUUCACGAGUCAUGACCACCUGCAAAAAUAAAUUUACUUUUUCUUAUCAUAUGCUCCCCCCCCCAACAAAAAAAAAAGGCUCCAAUCCAAACCAACCCACCCUCUUAAAUUAAGCGAGUACCUACCGCGUUCCGACGUGGUGGUGGUCCUACAGCACUCUGUGCGUCAGAAACCAAAAAAAAAAAAAAAGUCAGUACCAAGAGAAAAAAAAAAAAAAAAAAAAACCCAUGUCUAGAUACUCCUUUUUUAUUGAUUAUUUUAUAUUUUUCUUGUUUAAUUUCCAUAAUAUUUUAUUUAACUUUGAAAGCUUUUUUUAGUCAUUUUUGGAGGUGGGUUGUUUACAUUGGUGAUUCUCUGCUUGGUUUCUGGAAAUUCGAUACACCCAAGAAAAAAAGAAGGUACAACAACAUCCCAUGUUCUGUAUCCGUCUAGGUGUUGCCGCUUCAGGUGGUCUUGUCUCCAUUUCCAGGAUGAGAUUGAUUCUAUAGGCUUUGAGAUCUGCAUUUUGAUUUGGUUGGUGGAAGAAGUUCUUUUUUAUUGUUUUGGUUCUGGGUUCUAUGCUCAGAACCUUUUUGGAGUUAUUGAAGGAGCUAAGUUCAAGGUGAUAAUAUCUAAAUUUAUCAAUAAUACUCAGAUUACUUUUCCCAUAAGUUACUGAGAGAGGAAGCUUCCUGGCUUGUUUGGAGUUACAGAGAUGGAGAAAAAACGAAAGAUCGUUCAGUAUAGGGAGAGACUAGAUAAAACAUUGACAUCUCCCUAUCUAUCAAAUGCGGAGACGCUGAAAGUCCUUGUGAAGAAUCAAUUUCUACGUUCUUCAGGGCAAGAUAAUGAAGGACCUAAAGAAAAUUUGAUAGAAAAAAGGACUGCUGAAGUAUCAAACUUUCUUGAUAUGUUGAGAAGUGUUUCUGUAAAUGACAAUGCAGAAUAUAAAACUCCUGAGACAUCACAACCAGAAUGGAAAUUAAAACAGGAUAAUGAAGAGUUCCGUGUAAUGUAUCGUGAAGGAGCCCAAGGCAGUCCAUUUCAUACAUUACUUGUUGAAGGCUAUGUUGAUGGACCUGUAGAUACCUGUUUAUGUCUUUCAUGGGAGUCAGCUCUCUACAAGAAAUGGUGGCCUCAGUCAACUAUCCCAAGUUUCAAAAUUCUCUCUUCCAAAUGUUUGCAUAAAGUCCGGUUUGGUGAACAGAUAUCUUUAGUGAGGGUGAAGGUUUCAUGGCCACUGUCAUCUAGAGAGGCUGUUGUGCACUAUUUUUUAUUUGAGUACCUUGAAGAUGAUCUGGUUAUUGUUCUCUUAAACACGAUUUCUGAUUCCGAAGACAUUAGUAUUACAACUCAUGGCUUUAGUAGUGAGGCAAUCCCUGAAGCAAAGGAUGUGGUGAGGAUAGAUGUGGUGGGAGGUUUUGCUUUGCAAAAGGUGACCCCAGAAAGAAGUUAUUUUCGGACCAUAGCAAGUAUGGAUAUGAAGCUGGACUUUGUUCCACCAUCUCUUAUUAAUUUUAUCUCAAGACAGCUCAUUGGCAGUGGUUUCAGACUCUAUCAAAAGGCAGUGGCUUCUAGCUUUACCAGCGAUGAAGAUUUCAUUAAGGCCUUGAAGGAUCCAUUAUACUCUCACAUGCGUGAUGCUCUUUAUUCCAUGAAUAAGUCAAAUAGGUCUCAAAAAGGAUUAGAAGAUCUUAAUAUUGAAAUCACCAGUGUCCCUGAAAAACAUCUAAGUACAAGUAAGCUAGAUGAUUUUAAGGUAAUGGAUCAGAAGGUUCAUUCUGAUAACCAUGCAAGUGAAUCUCCACAGGAGACUAUGCAAGUUUCAGGUGGAGGAGCUCUCUGUGAGAUUGAAGAGGUGGAGACUGAAGACAGCCAGAGAAUUGAGGAUCAAGUUCUAAUAAAGAAAACCACAGAAGGGUCUCAUGUAAGUGAUACAAGAAAUAUUGCUAUUAGUUCAGAGGUGGAAAAAGCUCUAGAAACAUUAGAAAAGGCCAUUUCUAUAGUUCGGGAAUAUGGAUUAAAUGAACAAGCACGGGUCUCAUUUGGGUUCACCUGUGAGAAGCCUCCAGAUAAAAGUAAUGCAGGUAUGGGUUCAAAAUCUUUAGAGGAAGAUGGAGUUUGUUCAAAUAUUGAGUUACCUAAAAAAGAAGCUACAGAGAGGACCUCUCAUGAAUCGGUUAGGAAUAGCUUUGGUAUUCAGAGAUCCAGGCGUGGAGGAUCAAAUUCUUUCUCAAAAGAAGUCAACCAUAACCGAAUAGCACCAGCUUCCCCAGAGCAGAAACUUGUGGUUCCUAGUGAUGCUAAAACCAACCAAGUUGAUUUCUAUUCCAACAAACAUGGAAUGACAGAGUUACCAUUUUUGGACCAUUUAAGCAGCGAGCCUAAUGGUGUUCAUAGAAGCAGUUUCAAUGGAAGAAAUAAGCCGAGCAACAAGCAGAAAAAACAGUUGUUAUGUUGUUUCCGCGGCAAUUCAGGGCAGUUGAUUUCUUAAGAGGUUGAAGAAGGAGUUUAGAUUUUUGAGGUGACACCAUAUUUCAAGGCUAAUAGACGAGACAAGAAAGUGUAACAUUUUGUUUGUGAAAAUAAGGUCUCUUAGAAUUAUCAACUGUGUAAAUUAUAUAUAUAUAUAUAUAUAUAUAUAUUAGAGUAGUUCUACCGUGCGGAUCGGUCUGCAUGCGGCUCACAUCUAAACAGACGCAUUUUGAAAAAAAAACGUUGGCUUAGAUAUAGUCCGCACCAUAGAAUUUUUCUAUAUAUUUAUAUAUACACAUACAUAAAUACAUUCUAGUUGGCAAAAGACUCUUUGGAUGCUGGAUUAAGUUAUAAUAAUGGAAGAAAGGCUUUUACAUUC